AAAAACAACCGAGCAGCGAAGAAGGUACCGAACGUCAAACAUUUUCUCACCAAAUAUCGAUUGGCCACCGACGAAAAGAGAAAUUUCCGAACACACUUUUACUCGCUCGAAGAAAGUGUCCGAUGCCCUGAAACGGUCCCGUACAAGACAAGGGAAUCGUUUUCACGUGAAUCUCCCUCGAAGCAAAGUCCCCAAAAGUGUGCAGUGUUGCGGGCUGUGCUGUGUGUGUUGUGUGAUAAACAUUAUCCAAAAAAUAUUGGUGCAUUGUGCAUUGUGCGAACAUGGUGCUAACGGGUGGGUGAUAAGUGCGCGAUAAAUGAUACGCGCUAGUGCCGAAACGAAAAGCAGAAAGUCUACGAAAAAAGGGGAGCCCUGGUCUCUCGCUCGACUGUGUAGUUGGUGAUGAAAAUCGUGUAUUCCGCCGCACCAAAACAUACGGAUUUGCGGUGUUUCAAGAGAUAAUUCAAACCAUCACAAACGACUCAAACGACUCCACCCCAAUCAUGUCACACGCGAUUGCAACCGAACGACCGGCGGCGCGUCCUUGGCAACAACAUUAGCUGCAACUGGCCGUAGGUGCGAACGGAAAGGCGCUAAACGGUGUUUACCGGGCGAUAUACAGAACGCGUCACUCGUGAGGCAUCCGGCGACAGGAGGCUAGCGAUGGAAUCCCAGCGCAUACUAUCCUCUCCGUCGAACGGUGGCGAUGACACGGAAACCGACUCCAUCAGCUGUUACGUGGUGGAAGGGGCCGACCUAUCGUCGACGGCGGACGGUGCCGUACAGUACCGGCUGAACGGUGUGCGGGAAGCCGAACACGCGGACGACCAUUUGCGAAAGGGACUGAACCGCAUCUCGAGCGAUUCGGCGUCCACUUACGAAAUGGUGGACGGUGGCAGUCCCCAGUCACCUGCGUCCGGCACCAGCGACGGUCACGGGAUGGACGGUGACGACGAUGACGACGGUGAGGAGGAGGAAGAUGAUGAGCGGGAGGACGAGAUGUGGAGCAAUAUUGUGCGCAUAAAUAAUGCGACGGUCGCUACGGUGGCCGAACUGACGGGCGGCACGGCGGCAGAGCAAACGGACGGUGGAAUGGCGAACGAAAUCGAGUACGAAGUGCAGGAGGCCAGUGGGCCGGAACAGCUGAACCGCGACGGUGGUGAAUUAUUGCAGCGCAAACGCUACGAUCUGGCGCGCUCGUCCACGAAGGAGGAGAAACAGCGCCACAAUGAGGAAAUAGUGAUCAUGAAAUCGAACUCGCUCUCUUCCGAUACGACGCCGGCCACUAGCUCGUGGGAACCGGUCACUGUGGACGGUGGGGGUAGGUCCGAGCCGGCACGGGAUGGUGAUGAUCGACGGCACGAGGAAGCAACGGUAGCACCGGCGCCCGCUUUCGGUGGUCCUUCGAAACCGUGCUUCAUAGACGCAUCGUCACUGUUCGACGAUGAUGAGGUGGUGUAUCCAUCGUUCCAGGAACCUUCCUGCCCAACGCACCGAUCGCAGGUGGAAGCUGCACCGUGCGAAAGCAGCGUCGUACAGCUAGCGGCGAUUCUGCGCGACGAAGAGGAGAUGCUCCUAUCGGCAGGGGCAGCACAGGUGGAGGAGCAGGUAUCGAAACCGAUCGAAGUGAAGGACCAGUUUGCUGCCGGUUCGGCGAACAACUACAUCGCGAGCAAGUUUGAGAAGCUUGCCGAAUCGAACCAUUCUACCGAACCGACCGGUAAUGAUAGCGAUCGCGAGGAAGUGCUCGCGCGCCAGGAAGCGGAACGAAAGCAGGGCACAUUUCUGUUUCAAAACUCGAUCCAGCAAUACUCGGGCCAUGUGCUGGAUACUAGCCUGCAGUUUGCACCGGACGAAGCGUACAGUGAUCUGUCGCUGCCGAGCGUUUACUCGUCUAGCAGUGAGCCAAAUUACGGUGAAUAUAGUUCACUGACGAUUAGCGAUCAUCAUCGAUACUCGUUGGGCGGAGCCGGCUCCGGUGCGGUGGCGACCGACGAGCGAGCUAGCGGACAGAUGGACAGUUUUCGUGGAGGGGGCACGUGUACCAGUGGGUACAACUCUAGCUCGGCCGAUUACAACAGCCGUACGCAGGCCACGAGCGACGUCGAAUCAACAUCACACUAUCCAAACACGCCGUUCAACUCGAUCGUACAUGUGACGUCCGCUGCCGCUAUUCCCCAACAGAUGGCGCUGCGCCGACCGGUGCAAGAGCCGGGCGAGGAUACCGGGAACGAUACAAGCCGGGCCAGUUCCGUGGAUCGCGAAUCACACUCCACUCCGAUUCGAAUCCCGAAGCGGUUGCAAAAACACGACGAAUCGGCACCGAUUGUGUCGGGCGGUGCGUCCAUCGAGGAUUUUACCCCGAAGCAGUGCGAAUCGCCCUCGGUACGGCGACGAACCGACACGUGCCCGAUAGUGUCGGGAGGCAGCAUCAGCUUCGACGAUCCAUCGGAGCAGGAGCGUACGGUUGCAACGGGCCGGCAGUUAAGCAAGAGCGGGUCGGGCAAAUCGUGGGUUGUUGAUUUAAAGAACUGUCCGGACGAUGAGCAAUCCACGGUGACGGCGGCGGCAUCUGCGAUGAACUCUCUCGAACACUCGGGCCAACGGAGUCUCGGGUUUUUCGUCGAUUUGGGUAGCCUUAAGACACCGGAAGAGGAAAAAUCAAUUACGGCGGCGGUGAACAGCAGACCGCGUACGGCACGCUCGGACCUGAUGAAGAAAUCGACCGGAUUCUACAUCGACCUGUCGGACGACGGUAGUGAAAGCACGCGCAGUGCCACACCGAAGCUCGGUGGUUCGAAGCUUGAUACGCCACCACCGUCGGCAUCCGCUCUGACCGGAUCAUCGUCGCGUGGCGAGUCGGAAGACAGGCAGACGGAUCGUAAGAACAUGUUUUCGAUGUUCAUUGACUUUGGAGGCGAUAAUGCACCUAGCAAACCGGCCAUGCCGCGGAAGCUAUCGAUGCCACAGCCCGUGCUGGCGGGAACGUCGAACGCGAAGGAAUCGGUACGCCCGUGCAGCCUGGGACCAACCGCGGGCGAAGAAUCGAGCAAGCCUUACUACAUGUUUAUCGGCUCGCAGCCCGAUGCCCAACCGAUGGCGCCGGUUAUGCGGCGUCCGAAUGGGGCUGCGGCCGGUGGUACGGCUGCCAGGCACGAAUCGAAACGUCACUCGUGGAAUACGACCGUCGGUGAGGGGGGCGGAAUGGGGGGCAACUUUCACGAGCGUAGAAUCGCCACCAACAGCGCCUACCAGCGGUCGACGAGUGUCACGAGCGAUCGCGGCAUUAUGAACAUUCUGGACAAAAUUCCACUCCUCUCGAAAACGUCCAGCAUGUCGAUCGAUUCGUCCGUUUCGCCGUUCGACGAUUUUACAUGCUCCAAGUCGGAACUGAGCACCUACUCGAACCAUUCGGUAUCGUCCAACUCGGCACACUCGAGCAACGAGUCGAAGAAGGUAUCGCCGAAGGACGCCCAGGAAGGGCAACCGAUGGAAGUGCCCGCGGACGGGAUGAUGGUUUCGUCCUCGAAGAAAAAGCGCCGCGAUGCAAAGAUCAACGAAACGUUCGACAAGAGCAGCCAGGGGUCGAUAACGGACGGUGUGCUUUCGUCGAACGAGGACGCCUCCCCGACGUCAACCACAACCGACACGGACGAUGUCACGUUCCAAAACCAUCCGGCAGAAGAAGAUGCACCACUGCUGCUGUCAGCCGUUGCGACCGCGGAACAGCCGCAAGCGAAGCCAGAAGAACCGAUAAAGCUGUCGGCAAUUACCACGACCACCAGCACAAAGCAGAUGGAAACGAUCGUCGAGACGGUAGAAUGCUCACCGCGCCAUACAGCAGCGGUGUCGUCGUCGGCGGCACGGAAUAAACCGCAGCACACGAUGGAAACGCUGCACGCUACAAUCGAGAAGCAGAAGCAGCUGCUCGAAACCGUCUCCGAGAACGUUGAAUCGCACGCGUCGCAACCGACGACCACGACGUCCUCCUUUGUGAAGCUCUCCGACAUGGAUAAACCACCGUCCGGCGCGGUUCCGAAUCAGCUCGUUACGACCAAGUUUGAGCUGCAUUCGAGCAGCGGUGGCAGCGGUGGUGGCGGUAGCGCCAUCCACCACAUGUCCAAUUCGGCCGGUUCCAGUCGAGUAGCGCGGCUGUUCGAAUGUCAAAAGUACAACACGAUCGGGUCGGCGAUCGGGGCCAGCAGCCAAGCGAUGAGACAGCAGCAGCAGCAGCAGCAGAAGGCAUCGAACUACUAUCACUCGAACGGUGGGGUAACGUCGAUGGAGCGACACUCGUGGAAUAUGUCUCGCUCGACUGGCAACAACUUUGUGAGCCUCAUCUCGUCUUCGGUGGAAAACUCCCGUUCGCUCAGUCGGCUGUUUCCGCACCUGUCGAAAGCUUUUAGCAGCAGUCUUCCAUCCGACGUGGGGAUGAAUGGUAUGGGACGAAGUGGCCAGCAGGAUGGCAACGAGAUGCUGCAUUCGGACUUUUCCUGCACAUCAAGCAUCACCUCAAGCCGAUCCGGUAUUGAAUCCAUCGAUGAAUCCAUCUCGAGCCGGCAGCCGCGCCGCCUUGGUGAGGAUCUGCUGAAGAUGUUCCUUCAGGAGAUUGCCACCGACGUGACGAUCGAGGUCGAGACGAGGCGGAUGCGUGCGCACAAGUGCAUACUGCGAUCGCGUUGCCAGUACUUUGCGGCAAUUCUCGCCGGGAGUUGGGUGCAGAAUGCGGGCAACGUGAUCACGCUGCCCGGCUACACGUACGCGGCAGUGCACUUUGCGCUGUGCCACAUCUACUCUGGUGCCUCCCACCCACCGGAAGGCAUCAGCCUGAUGGAGCUGGCCGCCCUGUCCGAUCUUCUCGGUCUCGAGGGGCUGAAGGAGGUAACGGCGUACGCGCUGAAAACGAACUACUGUCACAAUUUUCACAAGCCCUGCGUCGGUUGUACGGACGGUGUGUUACAGGUGCUGCCGGUUACGCUCAACCACGGGCUGGACGAUCUGUACCGCAAGUGCUUGAAGUGGGUGUGCCGGCAUUACGUGAAGAUUUGGUCGCAGAAGCAAUUCUCGCAGCUGCCGCUGGAUGUGGUGCAUCGCUGCAGGCAACAGAUCGUGGCCCAUCUCAACUCCGAAAGUGUUCUUACGACGAUACUGGACAGCGAGCAGCUGCUGACGCUGCUGCACCCGUACAAGUGGUCGGUCGAGGUGGAAAACGUGGUGCGCGACAUACUGGACACAGCGUACGAUUACAUCGCGGACCACUUUGCGUCGUUGCUGGCCAGCGAUAGUUUCCUGUCGCUCGGGCAAACCUACCGCUGGGCAAUUCCCCACCUGGAACCGAUCCUACUGCCCGCCGCCAACAAUCUCAGCCCGGAUCAGGCGUGCAAAAGCUAUCCGAGAGCGACGCGGCUACAAAAGCUACUGCAGGCCAAGGUACUGACCGUGACAACGACCACCACCACCACCACCACCAGCUCGACACCGAUGUCGUCGAGCGAUAAUACGAACGUGGUAAACGUUUACGAGAAGCAAACGAGCAGCAAGGGCAGCGAUGGCGGCGGUGGUGGCACGCGCAAAGAAGUGGACUACAAUCUGCAGGAGGAAGAAAUGGACUGGUGCGAUGAGUUUGUGGGCAUGGUUAACGCCAUUCUGUCCGCGGUGGAACAGUGCCUGAUACGGCAAUGUGCACGCGCCAUGCGCGUUAGCUCCUGGCAGCGGAUGGACGUCGAGCUGCGCAACAAGAUCCAGAAGCUGGCCUGCCUGAUGGAAACGGCCGAAGAGCGAAAGUCCCGAUCGCGGUACUCGUUCUCGUCGCAAACGUCCUCCUCCUCUUCCGUGCAUUCGCGUUCGAACGAUAUGCGCCAGGUGCGGUUGGCUAUACAAGCGCACACGAAGCGUGCCCUCGAAGCGGGCCAAUCGAACCACCAUCAGCACAGCAGCAAUCGGACGCAGCAAACGCAAACGAUCAAUACGCAUCAGCACGAGCUGAAUGCGGCCUUGCUGAGCUCGCACAAGCUGGCAAAGCACUACGCAACGCACGAAGCAUCGAUGGCCGGUGCUCCGGUGCUGGAGCGUGAACGGCAGAAACACCAGCAGCAGGCGCUAGAGAAUGGGCGGCUGUCGAAAGCGGCUUCCAAAACUCACGUACCCGACGGUGGCCGGAAAUCGUCCGCCUCGCUCACCAACGGUCGCCAAGCGGCCAACGGCAUCCGGAUGGGAGUGCUUGCCAAAGCAUCCAACGCUACCCAGCCGGUCGCACACAAACGAUCCCAAUCGGAGGAUCAUGCAAACCUGAAGCCGCCUGCGGUUGCGUCCGGCAAGCCCGAACCGGCGCCAAACAAUUUGCGCACCAAGCUAAGCAACGUGAAGCCACGGUAUCUCGAACCGAAGAAACCGAAAAAUGCGGCCAAUCUGCACGCGCAGAACAACAUCUCGUCCAGCGGCAGCUCCACCCGGACGUCCAGUCCGGCGAUGGGCACGCGCCGGAUCACGUCCAAGUUGCAGCAACAGAACCACGGGAACCACGAAUCGAAUCUCUCGCUCGACAGUCUCUCAUCGCCGGCCAAGCUAAGGAAUGCGAACGCGACGGCCAAACCCGCCCACCGGGCGACCGUCGGCGAAAUGGACGUUUCGAUCGACUCGCUGGCAGAGUCGUUGAAGUCGCACUCGAUCAAAACGAGCAACACGUUGUCGCACGAAUCGUUAAUCUAUCAGGAGUACUUUAAGCCAAAAGUUGUGAACACUGUCGAUCAGCAACGGCCCUCACAGCACGCUAAGAAUGGUCUCGUGAAGGAUAAGGAUCAUCAGCGUGAAAAGCGCCCGAAUGGGGGCAAAUCGGCAAACACGGCAGCUGCGCGGUUGCUUCCCGGUGGUAUCAAAACGAACCAUUCCUCGUCCUCAAUCCCGUCGGUAAUGAGUGCCCGGUCGAAUGGCAUCAACCGAACAGCGUCUUCAGCAAGCGUUGGUUCCAACGGUGGAUCGGGGCUAGUAAAGCGAAGCUUCCUCUCUCAACGGUCGCGCGAGAUUUUGGCCCGCCGUACCCAUGAGCCCAAAUCAAACUCGACCAACUCGAGCAACAAAUCGGCAGCAUCUUCGCCCAGUUUGCUGCUGACGCGCGAUAAAUCAUCGGGCAGCGAUAUCGCCAAGUCUGGCUCGUCCGCAUCGCUGGCAACACCGAGCUCCGGCUCGUCGCGGAAGGUAUUCAACACAACGCUGCACCUGCGACGUACGGCCAAAUUGCCAGAGGCAACGGGCAACAGCAACCGUGUGUCGCACACAGGUCAGGAACGCAAGGCCGGUGAUAAAGGCUCGUCCAAGGGGGCAGCAGCAGCAGCAGCCAAUCGAACGAAGACAGCCUCGGGCGACGGUAGAAUCUCGUUGAAGGGUAAUGUGAUGGAAAAUAAUUGUCCCGCACCACCGGAGGUGGGUGACGGACAAGCGGAUGUUCCGGUCAUCAUCGAACGUGUCGAAUCGAAGUUGGAACGUUCGAACACAUUCUCGAUCGAUGCGUCCGAUCAUCCGCUGUCGCUGCAAAUGUUAGAGUAAGCGGGUGGUAAAAUCGCACCGGAAGGUGUCAUGAAAGGACAUGAAAGGCGCGGGAAAGGUAAGCAAAACCAAUAAUGCAUCCUCUAGGAGAUGAUCGUCGUAUCGUCGCCUAACACAACUUCCCACCCGUUGUUACUGCAAUGGUGCGCAUGUACGAUGAUCUUUAAUUCGUAUUAAUUUCAUAUGGUAAAACACACCUGCUAACUUCAUCACAAAUGUCUAGUCACAUAUUUAUAUGCAUACACGUACGCAUACAUAGGGGGGAAACAAAACACAGAGAACGAAUGAAAUGUGUCGAGGAUGGCAGUGUUUCUCAACUCGGCGCGAUAUGUGGCCGGUGCAGCUUUUCUGCAUCUUUAAGUAAUGAUUCGUUAGUAACGAUAUACAUAUAUAUCUAUACUUAUCUGUUGCAAGAUAUGCUUAUACACACAUAUAUAGUUAUACAUAGAGUAUCGCACACACACACACACACUUGAUACUGUGGAGCAGAUAUAUGAAGUGUUGUUAGGCAAGACAUCCACGAACAACUAAUCCCUUUAAAGCCAUUAAUAUGAAAGAUUUUGAGCAGUUUUUUUUAUCGUGCGCUGGCUCGACACACGAUACGAGCCUGUUGCUGGGUGGUGUGAUUUAGUUGAUUGAAUGUUAAGAAAAUGGAAAAGAAAUCAUUUAUCUGUUUGUUAAAUUUGUAAAAGCUAAAGAGAGCGAGAAGAACUUACUCCACACACAAAAAAAGCAUCCCGAAAUGAUAACCCCCGCUGGAAUGUAUGUUUGCAGCGAUGAUAAUAAUUUAUGAAACGGUUUCCCCCUGUCGGUUACAACAACUCGCUAAAAUUAAACACAGCUGUUGCUUGUGUGAAAGAUUUGCUUUACUACUUAAUGGGACGCUACCAACUGUCAAUAAGAAUGUGUGUUGCUCUCUUUCGUACGUUUGUUUUUUUGUAUCAUUACGAAGCCAUAGUUUUAUUCGGUAAUCGAUCGUGUACUAUUCAGGCUAUAGUUUACAACAACACGUUAAGUCAGAAAAGAAAGGCGCAACACAUAUGACAUUCAGCACAGGAAUACUCCGCUGUUGAAAAUUCCAUAUCAUGCGCUUAGGUUCCAUCGAUGGUAAAGUGCUUGCUUUGAUAUUUAACAUCAAUUUUGCUUAAUCAGAAACAAUGUGAUAAAUCGAUCAUUAUGAUGAUCCUCCGGUUGGUUGCUACUGUAUACUAAUUUACGCGUUUGUUUUUUUUUUUUGCUUUCGUGCGCGUAUAUUUGCUUUGAUUCAUCUUUUUCAUUUGUAAGCUCGAGCUUUGUGUGCGUGUUUUCUUUCCCACAGAACUUACAGAAGAAUGUGUGAUAUUUAACGAACUUAUAAUAUUUAUUUUGCACUCCUCGCACUUGGAAUUUGCUGCCCGUUAAGUGGACGUUGCGUGCAGCAACAUAUUAUGUUUCAUUUGUAUUAAUCGUUUCAUCACAUACAUCUGCAGAUAGGGUUCAUGCAUAUUAAAAUAGGAUGAGAUACACUCUGCUGUGAACCUACCGCACAUCUGAGACAAAUGGUAAUUUUUUUUUGUAGAGAAAAAACAUUACACCUUGGCUUUGCGUAGAUUUUUUUAUGUUGACGACCCCUGGACCGCUCGGGUGAUCGUGCUCGGGUGAUCGUGCUCGGGUGGGAUAGGUCAGUAGAAAGCCCGGAUUUUGGUGCGGUACUUCGUUCUACGAUCGCAAGGUGGGAUUAUAGAAUUACAAUAAUGAUCGUGGAAAAAAUAAUCAGUUUUUAAAUAGAAAUUUUGUGUUAAAUAAUUAGGCAAAAGCAAGGCUCCAGCUUCAGUUCUGGCUUGUGUUAUUGGCAAAGUUAGUUGAUUUUUGGCUUGUGGUAGGUUCCAGUUUAGUAAUUGUCAAUGCAAAAGAAACUUUUUAACUGUGCGAUUUAGCAAACUCGUGUCUUACACGCGUUUCGAUCCGUAAUCACCAACCAAGCAGUGAACACACACACUAAGAAGCACUGUCUUCAUGACCAACUUUGCUCUAAAAGCUACCGUCCUACACUCCACCAAAUGAUAUUUUUAAGUAAUCCAUUAUACUGCUGCUCUAUUAACUAUCGACAGCUCGAUAAAUAACGUUUUCCGUUUUACUUACUGCCUACGAUCUACGACUCGAACUCGCACUUAAUAUUGGACGCUCUCUUAUAGGAGGGGGUUUCCUUUACAUUACUAUGAUAUUUACGUUCUACUGGAAAUUAUGAUCAAAACGCUGAGUAAAUAUUUUUUUUACACUAUAUUACACACACCAUAGACUGAUCAUACAAAGCUUCCGUAAUCAAACUUCUCGUUAAAUAAUUUCCUUUUGUGUUGUCAUUUAAAAGUAUCGUCAAUGUUUAUGAUUAAGUAUGCGAUCGCUCGAUGCGUGAUGUUGAGCUUAGCUUUGAAUUGUUUUUUUUGUUCUAGUUUUAUCACCAUCGGGAUAAAGAAAAGCCCAGGUUUUUUUUUGCAACACUUACACAUUCCCUCCAACUUUACACUACACUAGUUUGGAUAAGUUUGAUUGUUAGUACUUAAGUAUAUUGUCAUUUUGCCAGAAUCGACCGGGUGAAUUUGCUUUAUAGGACGAUGCAAAAAUCGUUUGCUUCGCUCGGCGAACAACCCUCAACUAACUAAUGGCUUACAGUAGAAAGUUUACUGGAGAAAAAAAAAAGUUUAAUCGCUUUCCACACUGAGCCUGCAAUAUAAUCUACUAAAACACAACAGCAACUACUAAAUCGCAAAGAUGCAAAAACCGAGCGCAUAAGCAAGCCUAGUCAUCUGUACAAACUCUUUGUUCAAAUUGCUUGCGAGAAAUCAGAUUAGACCAAACUAGGAGGAGAGCUCGUACAGAAUAGAGACAGCAUAAUGCAGAACUUUAAUGCAAAUUAUUAGUACUAGAUCGAUAUUUAGCUGUGUGUUUGUGUGUGCGUGUGUGAUCGUGGUGAUACCAAACUAUCGGUUCACAGUGGAAAUGUAUGUUUUGAAUCUGUGAGCGGUCCGAAACCGGAAACGAUCCGUCUCUUCUGACGUUUGGGGUUUGUUGUGUAAGAAGAUGUAGGUGCGUCAUCGUUGUGACACAAUUGAAUGAUGAUCGUGAAACAGUUUGCACCAGACAGAAGAUGAGAGGGAUGUGAAUUAAAAAACAAUAAACGUUCUAAAGCA